UAUAAAGGUUCAAGAAGCAUACAGUGCUCUCCACUCUAGCUGCUCUGAAUCUUGUGGUGCUUUAGUUAUUUAAUUAAAACAAAAACCACCAAUGGCAUUCCAGAGCCGAAACUACCUUACUGGUACAAGCUCCAUUUUCCAGCCUGUUGCACCCAGUCUAAGUGGUUCAACCUACAGGAAAACAGCUAUCCGAAAGUAUCAGGCGCCCAGUGUCUAUGGGGGAGCUGGUGGCUAUGGCACCCGCAUUUCCACCAGCACUAACUAUGGAGGAGGCUUUGGUGGUGGCUUUGGCAGUGGAUUUCAGCUCAACACCAGUGGUAGUGACAUCCUGCUUGCUGGAAAUGAGAAACUGACCAUGCAAAAUCUGAAUGACCGUUUGGCUUCCUAUCUGGAGAAAGUGCAUUUUCUAGAAAAAGCCAACUCCCAGCUUGAAAAGCAGAUCAGGGAGUGGUAUGCAAAUAGCUCCUCAACUACAAGGCAUGACCACAGUCCAUAUUUUAAAACCAUUGAAGACCUCCAAAACAAGAUUGGUGCUGCACAUCUGGAAAAUGCCCGGCUUCUCCUGCAGAUCGACAAUGCCAAGCUGGCUUCUGAUGACUUUAGAAUGAAGUAUGAGAAUGAGCUAGCAAUCAAACAAAAUGUGGAAAAUGAUCUUGCUGGACUACUCAGAGUCCUUGAUGACUUGACCUUGACAAGGUCAGACUUAGCACUACAGAUUGAAGGUCUGAAUGAAGAGCUGACUUUCCUCAAGAAAAACCAUGAAGAGGAAGUUGGUGAACUGCGUAAACAGUUAGGUGGCACAGUUAAUGUAGAGGUGGAUGCUGCUCCGAGCAUUGAUCUUGCCAAGAUUAUGGAAAACAUGAGACAGCAAUAUGAUAGCAUGGCAGAAAAGAAUCGUCAAGAGGCCAAAGACCGCUUUGAUAAACAGACAGAAGAAGUGAACCAGGAAGUCGCUAUUAAUAUUGAACAACUGCAAACCAAAAAAACUGAGAUCACAGAUCUGAGACGGACCUUCCAGGGCCUGGAGAUAGAACUGCAGUCCCAGCUUAGUACGAAAAAGGCUUUAGAAGACACCCUGGCUGAGAUGGAAGCACGUUAUGGUUCACAACUUGCCCAGAUACAGGCUGCAAUUGGCAAUGUAGAGGCACAGCUGAUGCAGCUUCGAGCUGACAUGCAGAGCCAGAGUACUGAGUACAGUACUCUCCUGGACAUAAAGACACGGUUGGAGAUGGAGAUUGCCACAUACCGACGCCUACUGGAAGGAGAGGAUAGUAGCAGACAUUUCCAGACAGAGAUAUCUACUAUAGAAGAGCCCGAGAGAGAAAUAAAUAAAAUUAGGAAGAUCAAGACAGUCGUUGAGGAGGUGAUUGAUGGCAAAGUUGUCUCCUCCGAGACCAAAGAGAUUGAAGAGAAGAUAUAAGCAGCAUCAGCAGGGAGAUGCCUCUGAACUUCUUAGAGUUGAAGGCAAAAAUUACUUGAUUAAACUUCAGUGGGAGUUGGAUUGGACUGUUUGUGGCUAUGUCUACACUGCAGAGUUUUGUCGCCAAAAGUUACUCUGGUUUAAUUAAAAUGCUUUGAUUAAACCGCUUUUGUAUGUCCAUAGUAUGCUCCUUGUAUCAGCAGAGUGCAUCCACAUUAGCAGCUCUUGCAUUGACACAGAGAGCAGUGCACUGUGGGUAGCUAUACACUGUGCAACUGACCAUAAGGUGCUUUGGGAAGGGUUUGCAAUGCCUCAUGGGGCAGAGACAGCAUCACAUGUUGCAGGUUUCUCAAUCCCAUCGUUCCGUGGGCCCAUGGACAUCCUACUAGAUU